UUUUGUUAUACCAAGUACUUGAUCAGUUUAACAUUACAACUCUAAUCAUACAAAUAUAAAUUUUUUCUCCUCCCUCUGCCCAAUCGAACUUAAUAAUUUUUCCCUUCAAAGAUGAAUUUAAUUUCAUCUUUUAUUUUUUUCUGCUCAUUUUUUAUAAUAAACGGAAUAGGCAGUGACGGUUAUCGAAUUUUGGCAGUAUUUCCGUUUAAUUCGCGAAGUCAUAAUAAUAUUUUUGAAGGUGUAACGAAAGCAUUGGCGAAAAAUGGACAUCAAGUCGAUGUUGUCUCGCAUUUUAAAGUGAAGAAUCCCCCGAAAAAUUAUAAAACAAUUAUUAAUUUAGAAGGAACGAGGGGAAAUUUAGUGAAUAAUUUUUCUGUUCAAUUUGCCGAUUAUAUUCAGGGUUCGAUAAUAAAAACCAUUUCUGAAUUAUAUGGAAAUGAACUUUGCGAAUUGAUGGGCCUAGAAGAGAUGAAAAAAUUGGUUAAAAAUCCUUCACGCGAUCCACCUUAUGAUCUUUUUAUUACCGAGGCAUGGACAUCACCAUGCUUCAUUGGAAUAGGGCAUCUUUUUAAAAUACCAGUGAUUACAAUAUCGUCAACAAUGGAAUUGCCGUGGUACAACGAAGCACUUGGAAAUCCUAAUUCCUUAGCAUAUGUUGCGAAUGCCUACAUGGAUUUAUCUGAAAUUACAACAUUUUGGGAACGUUUGAAAAAUGUUAUUAAAUUACAUCAGACGAAAUAUGAAUUCUACAAGUAUACAGGAAAAGCUCAAACGGAAGCUAUGAGAAAAUAUUUGGAUCCCAAUACACCGGAUGUACGAGAAUUGGAGAAAACCGUUGCUCUCACAUUUAUAAAUUCAUUUUACACUUAUAAUGGCGUGAAAAGUAAAACACCAGCGGCAAUUGACAUUGGCGGAAUUCACAUCGAGCAAGACGAUAAACAAUUAGCUCCUGACCUACAAAAAUGGAUGGACGAAAGUAGCCAUGGUGUUAUUUAUUUCACUUUAGGAUCGAUGGUUUUGAUAGAAACACUUCCAAAGGAAACAAUUUUGUCAAUUUAUGCGGCUUUUGAAAAAUUAGCGCCAAUGAGGGUUCUAAUGAAGGUCGCGAAUAAGGAAAAACUACCACCUGGACUUCCCAGCAACGUUCUUACUUCCAAUUGGGUUCCUCAAAUUCCCAUUCUACGACACAAUAAUACGCGAGUAUUUAUGACACAUGGAGGUCCUCUGUCGACUACAGAAUCACUUUAUCAUAACGUUCCUAUGAUUGGAUUUCCGCUGUUCGCUGAUCAGUUCCCUAAUGUUCAUCUUUUGGUGAAAAAAAAUACUGCAAUUUUGAUGGAUUACAAAACAGUAACAGAAGAGUUGUUGACUAAAGCUUUGAAUGCUGUCAUACAUGAUCCUAUUUACAGAGAAUCGGCAAAACGUGAAUCUCAACUAUUUCGCGACAGACCAUUGACAGCGAGUCAAACUGUCAAUUUUUGGGUAGAAUAUGUAAUUCGAAAUGGACCAAAUGUGUUAAGAUCACCUGCAGCCGAUUUGUAUUGGUGGCAAGAUGAGCUCCUCGAUGUUUACGGAUUUUUAGCGCUUUGCUUUUUAAUAAUUCUGGCAAUAAUAAUUAAGACUCUAAUAUUUAUCGUGAAUCAAGUUUUAGAACUUUCCGUACCUUCGAAUACAAAAAGCAGCAAAAGUUUUAAAAAAGAUUAAAAAUAAUUUAGAUUCACAGAAAUAAAAUAAUAGGUAGGAUAAUUACUAUUUAUAAUUAACUUAUUCAUUUACAAUUUUUAUCUUCUCCUUUUAUUC